CAACAAUUAGUCAUGAUCAAUUAUCAAUUAUUCAACAAAAAGAAUCUGUUAUCGAGGAUUUAAAUAAAAAAUAUCAACAAAUAUCACAAGAACUUGAUGAAAAUAAUAAAAAACAUAGUGAAGAAAUAGUACAAAAUGAACGUAUGAUUACUGAUCAACAAAAAUUAAUUCAAAAUCUUCAACGUGAAUUAAUGCGCCUUCAAAAACGUUUAUCAAAAGUUGAAACUGAAGGCGUUGUACAACCAAGUAUUAUGUUUACUCGUCUUGAUGCCGAACGUAAUGAAAACGUACUUAAACAAGCUGUUGAUAAAGGAAAACUAUCCGAAACUACAAUGAGUGUAAGUUUAGUGAUUUUAUAACAAUUACUAAUGACGAAACGUCUCCAAGUGUGACUCAAUAAUCGAACUUAUAUUUUGCUUAUAAGUAGGUACCGACAAGACUAGUAGAAACCUAUUUAGAUAUUUAAUAGUUCAAGCAAAAUAUACCUUCUUAGGCUGAAAUUUUCUAGGCAUUCUCUAAGGUUUACGAGAUCUACUUAUGAACGAAACUUCAGAUUGAAAUAUCGUACUUCAAUUUGUUUCACUAGUACCUUGCUAGAGAUUAAAAAAAUUCAGUAAAAUGAUAUAAUAGUUUGGAACGGAUAGCAUAUGGAGACGAACUUUUAUAAGCGUCUACUAGUCUCAUCAUGGUCUACUUAUACGCAAAAUAUUAGUUCUAUUGACGAUCACACUUAUACCUCUUCUCUCGUAAGUAAAUAUCAUGCCAUAUAUAUAUAUAUAUAUACAGUAGUCGCCAUAAGUGGGCGCGAUUGAAAAAACGAGGAAGACAAAGGAGUUAUUUGGUCAUAUUUUAUUUAUGAAACUUACAUUAUAUGUGCAUCAUCCUCAUAAUUAAUAUAAUGGCUUUUUCUUUGAAUUAACAAUGCUACUCUAUUUUCCAUAGAAUCGCCUAAUUUUUCAACAAAUUCAAUAGCUAAGUUUCUCCAUUCUUUUUUUUAUUCUCUCAAUGAAAUUAUUGAUCGAUAUAUACGGUUCUUUUUUUAUUCUGAGCUCCACUAAUGCCUAGACAUCUUCAGUUGGGUUAAAGUCUUUCAGUUUUAUAUCCUGCUGGGGUCUUUUUUAGAACAUCGUCACUUGUUAGCAAUGGUUUCGAGAUCGGUCUCAUUGAAUGUACAUCGGUCUCUUUAAAUCUUCUUCUUAAUAUGGUUUUACUAAUUUUUAUAUCUUUUUGUGAUAAUCUAAACGCAAUUUGACCGACAGAUUCUAUUGAAUGUUGAGCUACCAUGGAUUGAAUUGUUGUGUAUUGUUUUUCCUGUAUAGACCGGGUUUUUGUACAAUUUAUACGUCACCAGCUAUUUCAUACCUUCUAAGCCUACAUUUUACAAUUACUUACUGAUUCGUAUAGAUACUGUGGAAUAUUACC